AUGAAUGCAGAAAUCCAUGCUCUUAAACAAAAUCAAACCUGGACACUUACCUCUUUACCACCCGGCAAGAAACCCAUUAGUUGUAAAUGGGUGUUUAAAACCAAAUUCAAAGCCAAUGGUGACAUUGAAAGAUAUAAGGCUCAUUUAGUAGCUAAGGGUUAUACUCAAACUGAGGGUCUUGAUUAUUUCGACACUUUUUCCCCUGUGGCUAAGAUGACUACUCUUAGACUUUUACUCGCUAUUGCUACUGCUAAAAAAUGGUUCUUACAUCAGCUUGAUGUUAAUAACACUUUCUUACAUGAUGAUGUUGUAUUGGGAGGCAAUGAUAUCUUUGAAAUCACUAGAAUCAAACAACUUCUUGACAAAGCAUUCACUAUCAAAGAUCUAGGUGAACUUAGGUAUUUUCUUGGCCUAGAACUGGCACGCUCAAAAGAGGGCAUCUUUCUCUCCCAACGAAAGUUUGCCUUAGAACUUCUUGAUGACACUGGUUAUCUCGGAUGUAAACCAGCUUCUACACCCAUGGAUCCUCAUCUCAAACUUUCAAAGGACAAAGGUUCUCUACUUGAUAAUCCGCUGUCAUACAGAAAACUGAUUGGUAAAUUGCAAUAUCUGACUACCACAAGACCUAAUUUAAGCUUUGUCACCCAACAACUUAGUCAAUUCAUGUCUGCUCCACGUGACACUCAUUUGCAAGCAGCUCAUAGGGUCUUACGGUACAUUAAAUCAUCACCUGGUGCUGGUUUGUUCUUCUCUUCUACCUCUGAUCUACAGCUCAAAGCCUUCAGUGAUUCAGAUUGGGCUGGCUGUGUUGAUUCCAGACGUUCUGUCACAGGAUUUGCCAUCUUUCUUGCCUCCACAACUUGUGAACUUCAGUGGUUGCUUUAUUUGCUGAAUGACUUUGAUGUUUCUUACCUUCGUCCUGCUGUCUUAUACUGUGAUAAUCAGUCUUCUCUUCAAAUAGCAGCUAACCCCACAUUUCAUGAACGCACAAAGCACAUAGAACUUGAUUGUCACCUAGUUCGAGAAAAAGUGCAAGCUAAAGUCAUUCACUUGCUACCUGUUAAAUCAUCUGACCAGCUUGCUGAUGUUUUCACCAAGGCUCUUCACUCUACACGACAUGGAAAAAAGGAAAAGAUCGGACAACCCACCUCAGCUGGCGGUUAUCCGGUUUUUACUGGUUUAGCCGAUUCGUUUCCGGUUCCUUUUAUGCCCGGUCUACCAACCAAACCAGACUGGACUGAAAGACCGAUGAUGACAAGCGCUGUGGGUGGUUUGGCAGAGAUAUUGGUGACUGACUUAUCGAAGGAAGUUGAAGAGGCCAAAAAGAGAAAUGAGACCCAAGUUGACUUUGAAGUUCAGCAAUGGAUACAAGAAGCUGAUUCUUAUAUCUCUCGAGAGGAUCCUAUGCCAAUGAAGACAUGUCUUUUUGGUUGGUGUCCUAAUUUCUGCCGGAAUUACCUACGAGGGAAGAAGGUAGCAAAGUGGACGAGAGAGAUUACAAGCCUAAUAGAGAAAUGUGAUUUCAGUAGAGUGGUGCAUGGAAAUGAACCUCCAGGCAUAGAAUUCUAUUCACAAAACUUUAUUGAUUUUGAGAGCAGAGAAUCAGAAUUCCAGAAACUUGUGAAGGCACUAGAAGAUGUAAAUUUCUCCAUGAUUGGAUUAUAUGGGAUGGGCGGAACUGGUAAAACCACUCUAGCAAAACAGUUGGGCAUACAAGUUAAAAAUUCUGGAGCAUUUGGAAGAGUCAUAUUUGUUGUUGUGCCUAGUCCUCCAGAUAUAAAAAAGAUUCAACUCAACAUUGCAGGUCAGUUGCGUUUGGAUUUGGGAGAGGGAAAGGAAGAAAUGUACUCGAGGAUUUUGUGGACAAGAAUCGCUAGCGAUGAGAAAAGGGUACUCAUAAUACUAGAUGGCAUGUGGGAAAAGCUAAAUCUAAAGGAUAUAGGGAUUCCCUAUGGCCCCAAUCACAUGAAUUGUUGUGUUUUGAUAACCACACGUGAUUCAAGAGUUUGUGAUGGAAUGGGAUGCCAACCGACAAUUGGGCUGCAGACAUUAACAACUGACCAGGAUACAUUGAAUCUUUUCGUUGAACAUGUUGGUACAACAAAAGAGGAUCUAAUUUUCAAUGAAUACAUGAGUCUUGCACGAGAAAUCGUACGCGAGUGUGGAGGACUACCAAUUACAAUUGUGACAGUAGCGACCACAUUAAAAAGUUGGCGUCCAAGAGACUGGAAAAUUGCUUUGGAAGCCUUGCAGCGUUGUGAGCCAUUGCAUAAUGUUCAUGAGGGCAUGACGAAAGUUUAUAAUGAGGGCAUGACGAAAGUUUAUAAUGAUUUGAGAUCAAGUUAUGAUAGACUUGAGGAAAGUGCCAAACAUGUGUUCCUGUUAUGCUCUCUCUUUCCUCAAGGUUAUGAAAUUCCUCUACACCUUUUAUGCAAACUUAGUGUAGGACUGGGCCUUUUUGAGGAAGUUCACAACUAUUUGGCAGCAAGAAGCAAGGCAAUUAGAGUAAAAGAGAUAAUCAAAUCAUCUUCUUUAUUGUUUGAGCCUAAAGAAGCAUAUGUAAAGAUGCAUCGCAUGGUUCGUGAAAUGGCCUUAUGGGUAUCAAACAAAGACAUGCAGGUCGUUAUGGAUUCAAGGACAAGUGUAAAGUCACACAUACGAUUUUUGUUUUGGAGUAGAUAUGGCCUUCCCAAUCAAUUCGAUGGCACUAAACUUGAGAUUCUAAUACUUUGGAUAAAAGGAAAAGUGAAGAUGGAAGAUUCAUACUCAAUCUUUGAAGAGAUGGCAAGACUCAGAGUUUUAGUUUUGCACUAUGCUGGUGAUCAUAAAUAUGUCGCUGUAUCAUUGAAGCCGCUUCAUUCGCUGAAGAACGUCCGAACUCUUAUCUUGGAUGGUUGGAGAUUAGGUGACAUCUCUGUUUUGAAAGUCCUACGUGGUCUUGAGAUUAUUGAGUUGACCAAUUGCUCAAUCGAUGAGUUACCAGAUGAAAUAAGGAAGCUGAAGAGUCUGAGAUCAUUAGGAUUAAGGAAAUGUAAAAUUGAAAGGAAUAAUCCUUUUGAAGUGAUUGAAAGGUGCAUUCAAUUAGAAGAGCUGGAUUUUGUUUUGAAUUGCAAUUCUGAAGAUUGGAAGGAAGAUGGUGAGAUAGAAAAUAUAGAUGAAGUUGUUCCAGAUGUUUCUCCUCCUACAUUGAAAAGGUACUCUAUAGCUUGCCCUCAUCUUAAAUAUUUUUAUCAUGAUGAUAAUGGCAUGCUAAAUUGCCUUAAUACUGAGAAUGUAAAAAGCUUAAUCUCAAAUGCCAUGUUUGAGAACAUUGUGAGAACAGCAGAGGUUCUUGAGCUGGGAGAAAUAAGAGGUGUGGGAUGGAAGAAUCUUGUACCUGACAUCAUUCCUUUGGAAAAUGGAGGCAUGAAUGAUUUAACUAAACUUUGUUUGUAUUCUUUAGUUGAUAUGGAGUGCAUCGUUGACACUAGCAAUUACGAUCUUGAUUCUAAGGUGGAAGUCUUCUCCCACUUGGUUCAGCUGUUUCUAGAUGGUGUGGAUAUGAGAGAAUUAUACCGUGGUCCUAUGAUCUCUGGAUUUCUCGAGCGGCUAGAGAUUUUAAAGUUGCGAAACUGCAAGAAACUGCGCAGUGUAUUCUUCGAUAGAAAUCUCAAACUACCUCAACUGAAGGUCUUGCAUUUGAUAAAUUGUCCCAUGUUCCAAUCAUCAAUCUUCCAAUCAUCUGUUGCUCAAAAUUUAGAGCAGUUGCAAGAACUAAUAAUCAGUGAUUUUGAGGAGCUGAAAAGAAUAAUCACAUAUGAGAGCUUGGGAGAGGGAAUAGUGGAAGUUGAUAAUGAAAAAAAUAGUUACAGCACACUGUUUCCAAAUUUGAGAACUCUUGAAAUAAAAGGAUGUGGCAAAUUAGAAUGGAUAUCACCGCGCCUUUAUGCCAAAGACCUUCUCCGUUUGGAAGCUGUAAUUAUAAGAAAAUGUGAGGGGCUGAAAUACCUAUUUGGUGAAUGCCGAGGACAUGAGGGCCGGGUUUUGCAUGAAGAGAUUAUGCUCCCUUCAUUGACAAAAAUGGUACUUGAUGAUGUACCCAAUUUCAUCACACCAUUUCCAGAAUGUAACACAGAUACGCAAGACCAUACAACUUCACUGGAAUUACUGGCCUCAAUGAAAGAGAGUCAAAGAGCGAAGUGUCUUUUGAGACGAUCAUUAAACCUGCAAAAUGUAAAGCAGAUGACAAUUGUGGAAUGUUCAAAUUUAAUGUCAUUGUUCUCUGUAUCCAUUGCCACAACUGUAAAGUUGGAGAAGUUGACAAUCCAGAGGUGUCAUGAGAUGAAGCGCCUCAUAAUAAAUGAGGAAGAGGAUAGUCACAUGGACAGUAUCUCCAUUUUCCCAGAACUAGAGGAGCUCGUAAUUGUUGACUGCGGGAAUAUGGAAUUUAUUUUUCCAUCUACUUUUUCAGUGUGUCUUCAAAAAUUGAAGUCUCUGAUUAUUGGAGCUGCUGCAGAACUAAAAUAUGUCUUUGGCCGUGAAGAGUAUUUAUCAAAUGAGAUAGAAAACAAAGAGCUUUCCAUCGAUCUCCCUGCUCUGGAAACACUAAGCCUUACAGAUGUGCCAAAUAUCAUCAGCAUUUCUUCAAAUGGAAGACAAUUGAAUUUGGAAACCGCAAAGGAAUCACUAGGCUCAAUGCAAGGGACUCAAACUUUUCAUACAGCUCAGUGUCUUUUGAGACAACCAGUGAACCUAGAAAAUAUAAGGCAGAUGACAAUUGUGCAAUGUUGGAAAUUAACAUCACUGUUCAGUAUAUCCAUUGCUACAACUAUAAUGUUGGAGAAGUUGACAAUCCAAAGGUGUGAUGAGUUGAAGCACGUCAUAACAAAUGAGGAAGAGGAUCAUGAUCAUAUGGACUACAUCUCCAUUUUCCCAAAACUAGAGGAGCUCGUAAUUGUUGAUUGCAGGAAUAUGGAAUCUAUAUUUCCAUCCAGUUCUUCAGCACGUCUUCAAAAGUUGAGGUUUGUGAUUAUUAAAGCUGCUCCAAAACUGAAAUAUGUCUUUGGGAGAUUUGGUCGUGAAGAGUAUUUGUCAAAUGAGAAUGAAAAUAAAGAGCUUCACAUUGAUGCACCUGCACUGGAAACAAUAAGCCUUAUAAAUGUGCCAAAUGUCGUCGGCAUUUGUACAAAUGGAAGACACCUGAGUUUGGAAACGGCAAAGAAUUUGAGCAGUCAAGGAGAAAUAGAAUCCGAAAUAGAAGAAAUAAUUGAUGAUGAAAGACCAAUGACAUCAAGUGUGAGCGCCAAAGUUCUCAACUUCCGUAUUCUUCGAGAAAUAAAGAUCAUAGAAUGCAGAAAGAUAAAAGCUAUGUUCCCUACCUCUACAUGGAGAAGCCUAUCACAGUUAUGCAAGUUAUGUAUAUUAAACUGUGAAGAAUUAGUUCAUGUAGUUGAUGAGGAUUCAUAUGACUAUGAUCAUUCCAGUGACAGAUACAUUCUCCCAAAACUGGAAUAUCUUCAAAUCCAGAAUUGCAACAAAUUGGAGUCUAUAUUUCCUUCCUCUUUUCUUCGAGGCCUUCCAACAUUGAAGUCUAUGAUCGUCCAGCAAGCUGCUGCUCUGAAAUUUAUUUUUGGAAAAUACCAUCAGGGAGAUUAUUUAUCUAAAGAGAAACAGAAUGGUAGGUUUGAGGUUGGUCUCCCAGCUUUGAAAACACUAUCACUUAGAGAAGUGCCACAUAUGAUCAACAUUUGUGCCAAAAGAUAUUCUGUGAUGCUGCCAUCUCUACAGCAAAUUGGUUUAGACAACUGUCAGCUGACAAGGGAUUCUCUAAAUUUGACGGGUUAUUGGAAACCUGAAAAGGAAUUAAAGAAAAUUCGUCGCUUGACAAAUCUUGAGGUUGGGAACUCCACAAUAGACGAGGUUUUUAACCUGGAAGGAGUAAAAAUUGGAAGACUAGUGAGAUUAAGCUUACAAUCCAUGAUGCUGAAAAAUCUAAGUGAGCUGAAGCAAAUGUGUAAGGGCCCUAAAAGUAGUUUGAGCUUCGACCAUCUUCGCAGUCUGAAGGUCAUAGGAUGUAAAAGCCUAAGAGCGAUCUUCUCCAUCUCGAUACGGAAAGAACUGCCAAACUUGUUCCAUUUAAAAAUAAAAGACUGUGAAGAAUUAGUUCAGAUUAUUGAGGAGGAUGCCCAAAAAAGUGCUGAUGAUGAUAGGCAACAAAUUAGCUUCCCAAAAUUAGAAAAAGUUCACAUCCAGAACUGUCAUGGCUUGAAAUUUCUCUUCUCAAUUUCCACACCCAACAUGUUCCCAAAGCUAGAGAGUUUGGAAAUAGAAGCAGCCUAUGAGCUAGAGCAAAUAUUUAAACGCAAACAAGAUGAUACACAGAAGAUGGUGGUAAAAGAUGCGUUUCCAAAUCUCUCAUAUUUAAGACUCAUAAAAUUGCCAAAGCUUGUCACUGUUUGUUGGGGGAUGCCGUUUCAAACUUUGCCAGAUCAUCAAGUGGUUGAUUGUCCUAAGUAUCAAGAAAUUACUUCUCAACAAGUCCAAGAAGCAGAACCUGAACAUUUGGAUUUAGAUAUUCAAGCAGCAAAUGAGGAGCCACUUUGUCGACAUUCCAAUAAUGUCGAGGCUCUGUCACAUGUGGGAGAAACAAGUUCCUUGCCAAACUCAGCAGAGAGCAUGAAGAAAACAACAAAGGAGGUUGAAGCCAAGGAAUCUACUCAAGCUUUAGAGAAACAAGCAUUUGAAAUUUCAACGGGGUUGAAUGAUGAACAGACGAUGAAAAAACCAAAUGAGAAACUCCAACAUCAAGUCCUUGGAGAAACGAAAACAACAAAUGAGGUUCCUCAAAAAACCAACGUAGUACCACUUGAUGAUGAUGAUAGUGUCACUGAACAUAUUCCAAGAGAAACAGGAAUUAUGGAACCUAAAGUUCAUACUUCCACGAUUUAUUCAGAAGCAGGGGGCUCACAAUUUGGUCCAUCAACAAUAAUUGAUAAGGAAACAGGGAAGGAAAUUGGUAAAGACGUUCCUGCUUCAAAGUUACCUGCAGCCAAAACUGCACAAGUUUCCGAGGUGAUCAAAAUGAACUCAAAAGCAGGAAAGGAAGUUGUAGGAACAGCUUCAGAGGCAUCAGUGGCUGCCACUUCAAAUUCAAAGGUUGAUGGUUUGAAAGAAACAGCAGAACAAGACUUUCAAGAGCAAGUUAAAUCUAAGGAGGGGAUGACGAUGAUGCCAAUUCAACAAAAAUGUUUAGGGUUAAAGACGCAAUCUGGAGUAUCAUCGGAUAAUUCUUUAGCCAAAGAAUUAUCACAAAACUUAGAAACAGGAAAGGAAGUUGCAGGAUUAGCUUCAGAGGCAUCGGUGACUGCAGCUUCAUCAAAUUCAAAGAGCUCAAGAACAGGGAAAGAAACUGGGAUGCUGGUUGCUUCACAGACAGCAGUGUCCACAAUUUCAACAAAUUCAGAGAGUGCUAAUAAGGAAGCAGCAAGGGGAAGUGUUGAGACAUCACCGAUGGCAGCAACUCCAUUUGACUCGACUGGAGAACAAAAACUGGAGAAGGGCUCAAAACCAAAUAUUCCUAAUGUUAUUCCUUCUCUCUAUCACCAAUCACCACAAAAUGGCACUUCUGGCCCUUCUCCUACGUUGGAGAUUCUUGAAAUUUUCCAACAUGUGGAGUUAAAAGACGGUGAAGCGGCUAUACUUGCACAAGCACUUAAGCAAUAUCCUGAAUUAUUGUUGCCUCGUGAACAACGGACCCAUCGGAGAAUAGCAUUUUCCUACAGAGUAUUAGUUGACAUAUUGGUCGUGCUAGCUAACAAGACUCCAUCUAACAUUACAGCACCAGAAAAGUCAACCUUGGACGAUAACUUGCGUGAAGCAAUUUCUCUUGGGUUCAGCAAAGGUUGGGUUGAUUCCGUUCAAGCCAAAGUUUGUGGUGUUCACAGGUCUGAUGUCUCAUUGGCACAAGAGAAAAUUCAAGCCAUGGAGGCCGAGCUUGAAACUUGCGAAGUGAACUUGAAGCAAGUUCAAAAAGAAAAGGAAGAAGCCAGAAGACGUCUGGAGAUGGCACAGAGCGAGUUUAGGGAUAUAAUAAGUGCUAAGCAUAGACCAUUUGGCAUUUAG